ACUAACUUAACUUAAUCUAAAAUUGGAGCUUAGCAAAUAAAUAAAUAGGGAAGUUACUGUUUUGUUAAAAUAAAAAAUAUACUGUAGGCCCAGGCCUAUAUGCAAGCCGGUUUAAAUUUCAGACGAUAACGCAUGGAGGAAAGGGACGUGACUUCAAAUAUACACAACUGAGAGACUUCAACAGGAAACAAAAUGCCCCUUUUUGGCCCAAAGUUCACCCCAAAGAAAACACCACCUCGGAGAUCAUCGUCUCUGAACAACUUAAACAAGCUUGAGAGUUCCAUCCGAGAGGAAGAAUAUGGAUUACAGUACGAUGUCGCCCGACUCAAACUUGGUGGACAGGAACUCAAGUUUGAUAAAGAAAAUGGUGUCUGGAUAUCAGAUGGAGGUGGAGGAGGUGGUGGUGUAAGCCAGCGAGAAUUUAUGAAAUUGCGAAAGCAAAACCAGAAUUUACUUGAGGAGAACAACUUGUUGAAAUUGAAGAUGGAGGUCCUUCUUGAUAUGCUUGCUGAAACCACCGCCGAGAAACAUUUCCUAGAGAAAGAAAUUGAUGAUUAUGGUACCGGGACAACAAGUAGCAAACGAUCCUCAAAAAGAUGAUGCUAAUUAUAGUAUUUUAUUACAAUGGAAUUAAUUACAGUGGCAUCUGGGCUAUCUUCUGAACUAACUUGGAAUACUUUGAUUUGAUUUUGUACCCAGAAUCUGCCAACAUCCACAAGUUUCUUCAGACAUUCAGUCUUGACCUAGCAGUGUCUACAGCUAUCACCCUAUAUAUGGUAUGAUGUUAUCUAUCCAACUUUAAGAAGCAGCUUUAUGUUGUCGGGACACUUUGAUCCAUCUUUAGCAUUCUGCAUUCUAUUUACAGACUUUAC